CAUGAAGCAACCUUGCAAAGGCACGCUUUCAAAGGUGUUUCAGGAUGAGCGAGAGUGAUGCUCUUUUCGAUGACGUAUAUGAGCUUCAUGAAAUUAUUGGGAAAGGGCCUUUCAGCGUUAUACGACGAUGUACUCGUAGGGAUACUGGUACUGAGUAUGCAGUUAAAAUAGUUGAUGUUGUAAAGUUUACAAGUAGUCCAGGACUUUCUACAGCAGAUUUAAAACGUGAAGCGAGUAUAUGCCACUUAUUGAAGCAUCCACAUAUUGUUGAAUUAGUAGAAACUUACAGUAGUGAUGGAAUGUUAUACAUGAUAUUUGAAUAUAUGAAAGGUGCUGAUUUGGCAUUUGAAAUUGUGAAACGUGCAACAGCUGGCUUUGUUUAUAGUGAAGCAGUGGCAAGUCAUUAUCUACGACAAAUUCUAGAAGCUAUACAUUAUUGUCAUGAGAAUAAUAUUAUUCAUCGUGAUUUAAAACCACAUUGUGUUGUCUUAGCAAGUAAAGAGAAUUCAGCACCUGUAAAACUUGGCGGUUUCGGUCUAGCCAUACAUCUAAAUUUGGAUACAAAUCAAGUGAAUGGAGAUUCACCGAUAACGGUUGAUCAAGAAAUUUUUGUUUCUCUACGUUCUGCUCAGUGUGGUCGCAUUGGAACUCCACAUUAUAUGGCUCCUGAAAUGAUUCGUCAUGAACCAUAUGGGAAAGCUGUAGAUGCAUGGAGUUGUGGUGUUUUAUUGUUUCUUCUACUUAGUGGUUCUUUACCGUUUUAUGGAACACGAGAUGUUUUAUUUACACAAAUAGUCUCUGGACGUUAUCACCGUCAACCUCAAGUAUGGAAUAUGAUAUCACCGGAAGCAAGAGAUUUAGUAUCACGUUUAUUAGAAGUGGAUCCAACACAGAGAUUAACAAUUGAAGAAGCUUUACGUCAUCCAUGGAUUAGUCAAAAAGCUCGUGCAUCUAAAACACAUCUACAUGAAACAGUUGAAGAAAUGAGACGUUUUAAUGCUAGGCGCAAACUUAAGGGAGCUAUUCUAGCUGCUGUUUCAAGUACAAAAUGGGCAAGCUUCUACACUGAGCCGAACAUUCUCUCUGAUGACGAUAUUUUAGAUGAAGAUGAUGAAGUCACAUCAGCUGUGCUAAAUCAACCUAUAAUUCAAGCAUUAUUACAAACGUAUGAUGUAAUAGCUCAAGAAGUUUAUGGCCCUGAAGCUAUUCGUGUCACUCCACCACCAUUGUCAUCAUUUUUAAAUGGUGAUGAAGAUGAUCAUAUGGAAUCAGAUACAGAUCAACCACAAGUAACACGUGUACGUUUGGUACAAUUUCAAAAGAAUACAGAUGAACCAAUGGGUAUUACAUUAAAGCUAAAUGAAGAGAAUAAGUGUAUUGUUGCAAGGAUUCUACAUGGUGGAAUGAUACAUCGACAAGGUACUUUACAUGUUGGAGAUGAGCUACGUGAAAUUAAUAAUGAACCGGUAGCUGGUCGAUCUGUUGAACAUUUACAACGUUUAUUGCGUAAUGCUCGUGGAAAUGUGAGUUUGAAAAUUAUUCCCAGUUAUAGAACACAUCCAUUACAAUGUGAAAUCUAUGUUCGUGCAAUGUUUGAUUAUAGUCCUGAAAAUGAUAAUUUAAUACCAUGUAGUCAAGCUGGUAUACAUUUUCAUAUUGGUGAUAUAUUACAAAUUAUUAGUAAAGAUGAUCAUAAUUGGUGGCAAGCUCGUUUAUGGGGUUCGGAUUGUCAAGCACCAGCAGGUUUAAUUCCUAGUCCAGAACUUCAAGAAUGGCGUAUGGCAAAUAAGGCAGCUGAAUUAUCACGUGAAAUGGGUAUUACACAUUGUGGUGCAUGGUUUAAACGUCGUAAACGUCAUUUUAAAGAUAAAUACAAAAAUAAACAUUCAGCUAUUUAUGAUCAAUUAGAUUUAGUUACUUAUGAAGAAGUUGUCAGAUUACCACAAUUUCGUCGUAGAACAUUAGUAUUACUUGGUGCACAUGGUGUUGGACGACGUCAUAUUAAAAAUUGUUUAAUUCAAUCAUCACCGGAUAAAUUUGCAUAUCCUAUUCCUCGUGAGUUAUAAAUACAUAAUGAUAGAAGUUAAUCGUAUUUUAUAAUUUUUCAUAGACUAAUUGUUUACUGAAUAAAAUGAUUGAGAACAACAACCCAAUAAUAAUUAAUGGCGAAACUGUGGAAGAUGUAGAUUCCUUCACGUACCUGGGAAGCAUCAUCGAUGAACAAGG